AGGAGGCUGACAGAGCAAGGUUUGGUGCUGGCGAGCAGGCCAAAGUGUGACUAGAACGUAACAACCGUUAAUUUACCAACACGUGGAUAGUCUGUUAACUUGAGCACGAUAGCCCCAAUGUCAGAGAGCUGAGGCCGAAUACAGAUCCCCUAGUCGGAGAGAUCAGACCAGAAAGUGAUAUCUAUUUGUCAGCAUUUUAUUUAUCGGUCUCUGGUGACCACACGAUCGCUUUGACCUAAACCAAGCAGUGGCCAUCGCUAUCAGACCCACAUCCAGAAUUAGGCAUCAUUACUUGACCAAUACCCUGCGGUGGACAUCAACUCUCUACGAAGCCGCAUAAUCGGUCACUCUUGUUGAAUUUCGGACAUAAGUGUUGAACAAUUAUUUCUACUGAUCAUACAUCAACGUCAUCAUGCCGACAUAUGUUAAAGUGACCGCUAUGUCCGGAAUAACGAUGGUCAUUGUUUUCAUAAUGCCAUGCGCCUAUCUAACCGAUCCAUCGCCUUGGGCUGACUGGUGGACUUACGACGGGAUAUCAGGUCCGCUAUACUGGGGCCUCAAUCCUGCCUGGAUCAUGUGUCGGGACGGCAAGUUUCAGUCUCCAAUAGAUAUACAACCACGUGACCUCCUCUACGACCCCUCCCUCACCUACCUGAAUAUACAAACCAAAAAGAUUACAGGCAACUUAACGAAUACGGGACACGAUAUAACGCUACACAUAGACGACGCCUAUAUCAAACUACUGAACGCCUCCAUGGGUCCUCUCCAAUACAACUACCACAUCUACCAGGUCAAAAUUCACUACGGUCGCGAGGAGAAUAUGGGGUCAGAACAUACCAUCGAUGGACAACAGUUACCGGCUGAGAUACAGGUAUACGCCUACAAUUGCGAUCUCUAUAGCAACGCAUCACAAGCGAAGGCUUCACCAAAGGGAAUAACAGUUUUCGCCAUUUUUGCUGUGUUUGGGAGUCCAGACAACGAAGCAUUUAGAUUAAUGUCUGCGAGAAUAGAAGAUGUCCUGUUAAAAGGUAAAGUGAUACCCCUUACCGGGAUCCCUAUAGACAUACUAUUUCCUGACACCCAUAAUUAUAUCACCUAUGAAGGAUCAUUCACUCAACCUGGUUGCCAUGAGUCGGUCACGUGGGUCGUUUUUAACAAGCCAAUAAAAAUCCAGAAAUGGCAGCUGGAAUCCUUUCGUAAUAUCAAACAAGGAGGAGAAGAUAACUCGGAAUUAAUGUUGGAGAAAAACCACAGGCCUACUUUGCCUCUUAAUAAUAGAGUAGUACGGACUAACAUCAAUUUUAAUGUCCCGACCGAUACGUGUAAUAUGAAGAUAAAACGGUUUUAUGGAGUAAACAGCCAGUUCAGCUUGUAGGGGAGGUAAGUGGAGAUAAGUGGAGGAAGUAACGUCAGUGCCUGUUGGCUUUGUCUUCGUGGAUGCCAAACUGCACACCAACCUUCCCAUCCAGGAACCACACAUCCUCCAUGUGUUCACCAAUCAUUAUAAACAAACAUAAACAAUCAAAUUGCAUGUACAAUAACGUUGUAAACAAGAAAAUGAAUUGCUUCAUUUUUUUUUAAAGAUUGUAGCGCAUUCUUUUUAUAUAUAUAAAAAGAAAAACUAAAGGAUAAAUGUAAUUAAGCUGGAUUUGUAAACCUUUAAUACAUUUACAUUAAUGAGGUUCUAUUGUAUGCAUAACGAUUUAACACAACGGUACUCAAGCUAGGUAAACAAAUCAUUCCUAAUCAUGUCCAAGUAUCACAAGAGGCAAAGCAAAUCAAACAAAUAUCGCUUAUAUAUACAUGAGAAUGUUUAAUGAAAACGCUGAAAACACGAUUCAAUCAAAGCAAACAGUCACACCUUGAAUUUUAAAGAUGUAUCCUACAUUAAAAGGUUGAGUCAAAAUUGAUAUCAUCACUGCUGAGAUUUAGGUUUAAGGUUUUCGAAAACCUUGAAAGAGCGCAUUCUGUUCUCCAAGGAUAUUAUGAAAAUAUUCGUAGAUCUAGUGUGCAGAUGCUCAUAAGUCACAAUCUGUUUUCAAUUAGUUUCGACAACAUUGUCCAAAGUAACGCUAAGAUGGUUUUAUAACGCCAAAGCUACGUAUUCAUCAUAUAGAUACGUUUGUAAAUUUUCAAAAGCACCGGUGGAUAUUUCCUUGUUUGUGAGUGACGUAAUUCUGGAAUAGUUUUAUGACAGUAUAUAAUUAUGUAAGCGAAGGCAAUGCCAGGUGCUGUUUCUAUUUAAGUUAUUUUUAUAAAAGCCUAAGAUAAAUACAUUGGAAAGUUUAAUACAUAUUGUAAGUAAUGUAUACUACUUAUAUGAAUCGAUUGAAGUUUAUUGGUUGGCCAUUCAUUGCCCUGCUUUAUUUCAAUGACCUGAAAUCGCUUUAAAGGUAUACAAAACCAUUAUCGUAAUGCAACAUACGCUACAAUGAUUAAGUAGUAUUGAAAUUUAUGGUAAUAUUACGAAUAAUUAUUAAAUCAUUUGUGACCAGAACAACAAUAUAUGCUUAUUACUUAAUAUCAUUAAUGGUAAAUAAACAACUGAAAUAUUAAAGGAAUAAAACAGUACAAAGUGUUUUUAACAAUAAUACCAAGCUAUGGAAUUGGCCUUCAUUUCUUAAAUACUCGUACAAUUUGUCAUAUGAAUGAUUUUGUGAUAUUUUUCUAACAAAAAAUAUUAUCUUCAGUUGCCUUUCAAGUUAUGUAUGCAACUUUAAUUGCCAUAGAUGAGAAAACAACACAAAACAAGUCAUUCCUUCCUGAAACACUUCAAGACGACCAUGCCGUUGAUAUUCCUGCGCAUCAGUGGCAAUUUCAAAGUAUUACAAGUUAAUGAUUCAACACAUAAAAUUUCUAUAAUAUGUAGCAAUACUGUGUAUUUUGCUGUUAUCAUAGCUGAUUGUUUUCGAUUUAGCGCAAAAAAAGUGCUAAACUUUUUCUACCACUGAAAUAAGUACAUUUACUGUUAUUGUUUUUUAUGAAAAUGUAUCUGC